GGAGGGGGCGGGCCGGCUUCCGGCUGCGCGUGGGGCUGCAGGCCCGGGAAGGCAGCGUCGCCGCCGACAUGGAGACUUUGUACCGCGUCCCGUUCCUGGUGCUCGAAUGUCCCAACCUGAAGCUGAAGAAGCCGCCAUGGGUGCACAUGCCGUCCGCCAUGACGGUGUACGCGCUGGUGGUGGUGUCCUACUUCCUCAUCACUGGAGGAAUAAUUUACGAUGUGAUCGUGGAGCCGCCGAGCGUUGGCUCCAUGACUGACGAGCAUGGGCACCAGAGGCCGGUAGCUUUCUUGGCCUACAGGGUGAAUGGACAGUACAUCAUGGAAGGCCUGGCCUCCAGUUUCCUGUUCACCAUGGGCGGGCUGGGCUUCAUCAUCCUGGACCGAUCCAACGCGCCGAAUAUUCCAAAGCUCAACAGAUUUCUCCUGCUGUUCAUUGGCUUCGUCUGUGUGCUGUUGAGUUUCUUCAUGGCCAGAGUGUUCAUGAGGAUGAAACUGCCGGGUUACCUGAUGGGUUAGCUGCCUGUGGAAAGGAAGUCAGCGGACCCGCCCCGUCCACGGUGGCGAAGGCCGUACCAGUCCUGUCCUGUGAGAUGAGGGAGAAGAAGAGCAGCGAUGAGGAGGACCGGUGAAAACACAGGAGGCGUUUGCAGCUCGGACUACAGCUUUUGAUAUCAGAGACAAGUUUAUCACAGUAUUUUUUUCCUGCUGCCCCAUUCUGAUGUGAUGUUAAGUGGCAUUUUCUUCUUAAUUUUUCAUUUGUUAAAGAAAACUUCUUAAACUGUAAUAUUGAAUAAAGUGGUUAUUUUUUACAAAGCCCUCAGCAUUUCUGGAGAUGCUGUUUCUGAUUUCCGAAAAUUACUGUCACAUCAGGAAGCAGAUUCAGUCGCCGAGAACUGGACAUCGGUCUGCUUCGCCACGGCACUCCGCCUUCGUGCGUGCCAUCUUGUCGCGUCUCAGAUAUGAACGUGGACUGUUUCCUCGGCAGUAAAAUGGAUAAAAGGAGCCGAAUAAAUACUUUUUCUAAUUAA